AUGUCCCAGCCAAACAGCCAGUUCCCCUCCCGCACGGGUACCCCGCUGCAUUUUCGCGAUGUGGUUGAGCAAGUAAUGAAGAAUUACAAGCAUGAAAAGGACUCGGAAGCGCAUCAGCUCCUACGUGAAGCGGCGGGCCAUAAGCCGAAAGCGUUCUUGCCCCAGACCGUGAAUCCCGAGGAAGAGACUGUCCCUGGUAUCGUUCAUCCCGGCAGCACCGGUGUCAUCUAUUGCUCCGACCGUGCCAUGGCGAACGGAUUUAGCUAUUCGAGCUCCCAUGAGUGGGCUAACCUUGGUCAAGGUGCCCCCGAAACCGGUCCUCUCCCCGACGGCCCUGAUCGCCCACUGCACGUCGACAUCCCCGUCGACGCACUCGAGUACGCCCCGACGACUGGCGUCAAAGCUUUACGAGAAGCCGUAGCAAAAUUGUAUAAUCACACUUACCGCCAAGGCAAGAAGAGCCAGUACACUUAUGAGAACGUAUGCAUCGUACCUGGGGGGAGGACGGGGCUCUCUCGUGUUGCAUCCGUCAUAGGUGAUGUCUAUUGUUCGUAUCAAGUCCCGGAUUACACAGCGUAUGAUCAGGUGCUGGCUGCUUUCAGACGGCUGGUUCCUGUGCCUACUGCACUGGAGGAAGAGGCGAGUGACUGGAGUAAUCUCUAUCAGCUCGAUAUCAAGCAAACCAGAAAAGACAUCAAGUCCCAAGGUCUCGCUGUGAUCAUCGCGUCGAACCCGCGGAAUCCGACCGGACAAGUCAUUCAGGGAGAGGAGCUGAAGGAGCUCGUGGCCAUAAGUAGAGACCACUCGACUACAUUGGUCCUAGAUGAGUUCUAUUCUUGGUACAUAUACCCUGAAGACGAAAGGGAAUUCGGGAAAUCGAUAUCCUCCGCUGCCUACGUAGAAGAUGUCAACAAGGACUCCGUGAUUAUCAUCGACGGUUUGACGAAGAACUGGCGUCUGCCCGGCUGGCGCGUAUGCUGGGUCAUCGGACCCAAGAACUUGGUUUCAGCGCUGUCUCAAUCAGGAUCAUUCUUGGACGGCGGCGCGAACCAUCCCCUGCAACUUGCUGCCAUUCCACUCCUUGAUCCCGAACGCGUGCAACAAGAGAAGCUCGCGUUGCAAAAACACUUCAAGAUGAAGCGCGACCACGUCCUUCACAGAUUAGACAAGCUGGGUCUGCACGUCCAAAUUCCGCCCUCGAGCACUUUCUACGUGUGGUUAAAUCUGGAGCACCUGCCCGUUCCUCUUAACAAUGGAUUGACGUUCUUCGAGGAACUGCUUAAGGAGAAGACGAUUGUCAUCCCAGGGAUCUUCUUUGAUAUCAACCCCGCGCACCGGCGCAAUCUCUUCGACUCGCCCUGCCACCAUUUCGUCCGUCUAUCCUUCGGCCCUCCGCUGGAGAGUCUGGACAAGGGUCUCGAUGCCAUCGAACGGAUCCUAAGAAGGGUCAGGAAGGAGGGAACCAAGAACUUCGGUCACAGCUACAAGAAGAGUCUGGAUGGAGGUUUCGCUACUGGCAGCCAUGCCGUGUGA